AUGCAUCCAGUUACAAACAAAAUGAGUAUCCCUAGGCUGCUACUGCGUCCUUACCGGCAUUUACUACACAGCCUUUCAAGAGCGCCUUCCCCACGGCCCCCCUCCAUCCUUCACUCACUUCAUCCUGCCUCAGGCAUCCCAAGGGCUCUGCCGAAGUCUUUAGGACACCAUUUUACUAAGUGGAUGCUGCCGUUCGAUGGCUUGAAGAGAACAUUAUGUGUCCAGGCUAUCUCGAAGGACCACACAGAAGGACUUUCUGAUAAAGAACAAAGACUUGUGGAUAAACUUUAUACAGGUUUAGUCCAAGGACAGAGAGCUUGCCUAGCGGAAGCCAUAACUCUGGUGGAAUCAACUCACACCAGGAAAAAGGAGUUGGCCCAGGUGCUUCUUCAGAGAAUUCUGGUCCACCAGCGGGAGCAGGAGCGGCUGAACCAAGGAAAUCCCCUCACAUUUCGAGUAGGACUGUCUGGGCCCCCUGGUGCAGGAAAAUCAACCUUUAUAGAAUAUUUUGGGAAAAUGUUGACUGAGAGAGGGCACAAAUUAUCUGUGCUAGCUGUGGACCCGUCUUCUUGCACUAGUGGUGGAUCCCUCUUAGGUGAUAAAACCCGGAUGAUUGAGCUCUCAAGAGAUAGGAAUGCAUACAUCAGGCCGUCUCCUACCAGUGGAACUUUAGGAGGUGUGACAAGGACCACAAAUGAAGCUAUUCUGUUGUGUGAAGGAGGGGGCUAUGACAUCGUUCUUGUUGAAACUGUAGGUGUGGGACAGUCAGAGUUUGCUGUUGCUGACAUGGUUGAUAUGUUCGUCUUAUUGCUGCCACCAGCAGGAGGGGAUGAGCUGCAGGGCAUCAAAAGGGGCAUAAUUGAGAUGGCAGAUCUGGUAGUCAUAACUAAAUCUGAUGGAGAUUUGGUUGUGCCAGCCCGCAGGAUCCAAGCAGAGUAUGUGAGUGCACUGAAGUUGCUCCGCAGGCGCUCGGAAGUCUGGAGACCAAAGGUAAUUCGCAUUUCCGCCAGAAGUGGAGAGGGCAUCAGUGAAAUGUGGGAUGCAAUGAGAGACUUCCGGCAGCUGAUGCUGGCCAGCGGGGAGCUGGCCACCAAGAGGCAGAAGCAGCAGAAGGUCUGGAUGUGGAGUCUCAUUCAGGAAAACAUCUUGGAACAUUUUCGGACCCAUCCCAGCAUCCGAGAACAGAUUCCUCUGAUGGAGAGAAAGGUCCUCAGUGGGGCCUUCUCCCCAGGACUAGCAGCAGACUUAUUGUUGAAAGCUUUUAAAAACAGACAAUAAUAAACUUACCCUGUACAAUCACCUUAUAAA